AUGUCUGGAUCCCACAUCAACACUCCAAUCGUCCAGCAACCCGCUGCCGCCAUUGAGGCCGUCGAUGAUCCUAGUGAUGACAGCGAGUUCGACCCCGAAGAAUUGGAUGCGAACUCCAUCUCGUCAUAUUCACUGAACUCCAGCCUCUACGCUCACGAGAACAGUAAUGGCUGCAGCUUCCACCGAUAUCGCCAUGGCCGGUAUCCGAUGCCGAAUGACCAGACGGAGCAAAACCGAGAGGAUAUGAAGCACGCCAUGCUUGUCGACCUGACGGUCAGUCUAUCCCUAUCCAACGAAGUGGCCGAUCCUUUUCCCGGCGCCUCCGUCGUCGGCACCGACCUCUCUCCCAUGCAACCAAACGCGGUGCCUCCAAACCUCAGGUUCUAUAUUGAUGACGCUGAAGAUGACGACUGGCUGCUUGGGGACGGCUAUGGUUUUGUUUAUUUACGCUCCGUUGCUCCUGUUCUUAGGAGGCUAGAUCGUGUUCUCGACAGGACAUACGAGUAG